CGGGAAGGCGACUGGGUGAAGUCUCCUCUUCUCUGGUGACAUCCUUGAGGACUCUGCCUUAACAUUCCCAAGAACUGCUGGAUGAGGGAGCCAUGGGAGUCUCAAGGGAUAGUGGGAUGAAAAAGAGCAGCAGGAAGCGAAAGAAGGAGUUGGAGAAAGGGCAGGAGGUGCCAAAGGAGCUCAGGACAAAGAUUGGGAAGAAGGAGCCGGAACGUUCAGUGCAGUUCCCUGUAGGAAAAGGGGGAAAAGGGAAGAAGAAGAAGAAACCACCAGAGGUCGAGGAGAAGCCGCUGCAGGAGAACGUCAUCAGCAGCUCCCUCAAGCAGGAGGCUGCAGGAGGGAAAGGUCUUGGCUCGAGCCUGUGGAAUGGGAUCCAAGCUGAGGAAGGAGCUGCCCCGGGCUCGGAGGAGACCAAAGGAACCCUCCCCCAAGGGCCAUCUGUGGAGCUUCAAGACUCUUCAGGGUCCCAGGCUAAACCCCGGGAAGCAGGACCUGCGGUGGGACAGCAGCUCUUGGAGAGCCAGAAUGGAAUUGGGGCGCGGAAAGAGGACGAAAAAGAGGUGGAAAACAAGUGGAAAUGGUGGGAAGAGGAAAAGAAGGAAGAUGGAGUCAAGUGGACGCAGUUGGAGCACAGGGGCCCCUACUUUGCCCCCCUUUACGAGCCCCUUCCCGAAGACGUUCGCUUUUAUUACGCCGGAAAACCCCUGAAGCUGAGCUUGGCCACGGAGGAAAUCGCCACAUUUUAUGCCAAAAUGCUCGACCACGAAUACACGACCAAGGAGAUCUUCCAGAACAACUUCUUCCAUGACUGGAGGAAGGAGAUGACCUCAGAGGAGCAGGAGAUAAUCCAGGAGCUGGCCAAGUGUGACUUCAGUGAGAUCCACAAGUACUUUGUGGACAAAAGCGAGGCACGGAAAGCGCUCCCCAAGGAGGAGAAGCAGAAGCUGAAGGAGGAGGCAGACAAGAUCCAGGAGGAAUAUGGCUACUGCAUCCUGGAUGGGCACCGCGAGAAGAUCGGCAACUUCAAAACGGAGCCGCCGGGGCUGUUCCGUGGCCGUGGCGACCACCCCAAAAUGGGGAUGCUGAAGAAGAGGAUCAUGCCAGAAGAUGUGAUCAUCAACUGCAGCAGGGAUUCCAAGAUUCCCGAGCCCCCAGAAGGUCACAAGUGGAAGGAGGUUCGCUUUGACAACACGGUGACCUGGUUGGCCUCAUGGACAGAGAACAUCCAGAACACCCUGAAGUACAUCAUGCUGAACCCCAGCUCCAAGCUGAAG